UUGCGAGGGGGGCCGUGUAAGGGGACGGACUCCUGCCUCGUCCUUGGGCCCUUGCGGGAGGCAGCCAUGGUCUUCUUCCUGAGGCUGCCGGACGAGGUCUUCUCGCUGCCGCCCCCUCCGCUGCUCAACCAUGGCUCGGUCUGGGGAGCCUUCAUGGGCUGGGUCGCCGCCCUGGGCGACAACGCCGUCAACCGGAGGCCCGCCCUCGGAUCUGGGGUCCAUCGGCAACUCCUGUGGCUUUCUGUGGGUUUCUACCUUGGCCACUACCUUGUAAGACGAGCCAAUUACACAUAUGCAAAAAGAGACAGAGACAUCUCUGAGUACAUAAGGCACCACCCUGAAGACUUUAAGGAAAAAGAUAAGAAAACCAUGGCAGAAGUCCUGGAGGGCUUUCAACCCAUUCGCUGAAGACUUUGCAAACAGCUAUAGCAUGUCUCUUAUGUAUGUUGACUUGUUUUCAAUAUAUGUCAGCAUUUAGGGCAGAAUAUCUGAUAUAAAGAAGGACUGUAAUCUUAUUAAUAAACUAUGAAUAAAUACAA